AUGAGUUUGGUUGCGUCAGUGGGAAAACCCCAGCCACUCCAGAAAGUCGUGACCAGUCCAACUCUGAUGGAGAGCUCUCGCGAUGGAUACCCCUCACUGGCAGCGCUAAUGCAAACAUACCCCGACUACGCUAUAUUCCGUCGCUUCGGCGAACUGAACUACUUACAUCUGUUGCGAUUGCAGUCAGAGUUGCAAGAUAUGGAAAAUGAAUUGCAGAAGAUAAGGGAAGAAGACAUGGAAUCAGACGACCCCAUCCGUAUGUGCUAUGCGAAAGACUUCCGUGCCAUGCGAGACAACAAAGAAGUUGGAGACUCGGAGCAGUACGACCAUAUUGUCAAUAUUGGGGAGAAAGUUAAGGAAUACAACGAGGCGCUGCUACAAGCCUUACAAGUGCAAAAGGUCACUCAGCCAACAGAAAGAGAGCUAAACCAACUUUCAGACUGGCUAUCAAGACCGAAAGGCGGAAAUAACUUCCUCGUGGGCGAAGAGGCUCAAUUAUGGCAAGGCAGAGAUACCACCGAAUACGUCACUUUGUUCCGCCGAGAGCUAGAGGAUGACGCCUUUACAUCGUUCCUAAGUGGCUGGUUGUUAGAUAUAUAUCACAAGAUCAUUGGCCACAAGCGAGAGAAGAAGUACGGCACCGGAGCUCGAGACGUCGAAGUACGGAAAUAUUCGACUGGACGUAUUGGUAAAGCGAGCAAUGUCGUCGCUGCUGCCAUAUCCUCGAUACUACCAACACUAGCCAUACUCGCGCUCUAUUUCGUCAAGCGUAUGAUAACAAGGAUCGGACUGACAAUUAUGUUCACCACGGUAUUUUCUGUCGCCUUAGCAGUUUUCACAACCGCGCGCAAGGUAGAGAUUUUCUCUGCUACAGCAGCAUUUGCUGCCGUGGAAGUAGUGUUCAUUGGGAGCAGUAACAGCACUGGGUAA